UUCUGCUCGGCCGUUCCCAUCGAGAUCGAGCCAUCCUCACUCCACUCCGGCGGCUCCACGAUUGGCGUGGCCGCCCCGGCGCCGGCCCCCCUCCUCCCUCCUCCACGACUUCCUCGGCUCCGGUGACCCUCGCUCCCCACUCCUCGUUCCCCAUAAAGCCGUCCUCACUCUCUCACGGCCGCGGCCCGCGGCCGCGCCUGACUCCAAACUCGGCGACCUCCGAGCACGAGCAGUCUCUUCGUCUUGUCCACUGCCGCCGGCGAGCUCCAGCCGGUGACGUCCUGUUGGCCGGAACGCGACAGAAUUUGAAGUACAACUUUCUGCUUCUUUAUUCUGCGCUCUUGAUCACUUGGGAUCUGCGGUGCCUGCCCGGACUUGCAUUUAAGACCUAAAAUUUGAUGAGAAGAAGAUUGGCAGAACAUUUAUCUUACAUUCCCAGAUCUCUUUCCUUGAUACAACUCAAGGAAAUGUCCUCAGUUUCUGCUGGUCAUGGACGCCGGCCAAAGAAGAAGCUUUAUCACCGUGAGCCUGGCCUCGACAAGGCCAUGGACCUCCAAAAGAAGCCCGCUCUCCUCCUUCGUCUCCGUGAGCUCAUCUUGGCCCAAAAGAAAGGAUCACUACUUGUACGUGACCUUGAAAAGGAGGUUGGCUUUGUCCAAAAAUGGAACUUUGUUUCACUUAUCGAGCGCCACCCCAAUAUCUUCCAUGUCUUUGGUGGAAGUACAUCACGUGAGCCCAUUGCUGUCACGCUUACUGAGAAGGCCAGAAAUAUUUCUGGUGAAGAGAUUCAGGCACAGGAGCUAAUGGAACCUAUCUUGGUAAGAAAUCUGAGGAAGCUGUUAAUGAUGUCAAUGGACUGCCAAAUCCCUUUAGAGAAGAUUGAGCUCAUCCAACCUGAAUUGGGUUUACCAAAAAACUUCAAGGACAAGUUGAUUCCUAGUUACCCUGAUUUUUUUUCAAUCCGUGAUGUGAGAGGCUUGGACCAUCUGUGUUUGGAGAGUUGGGAUUCUUCACUAGCAGUCACAGCACGAGAAGGAAAAUUGAAUUUUGAUGGUUUCCAAAUGGAUUAUAGAGGGGUUCCUAAAGAUGGGAAUAUACUGGGUGCUUUUGCUUUCAAGUUAAAAUAUCCAGCAGGAUUUAGGCCCAACCGCAAGUACCUUGAGGAGGUAGUCAGGUGGCAGAAGAUGGCAUUUCCUUCACCUUAUCUGAAUGCUAGGAGAGUGGAGCCUGCAACUCCACAGGCUCGAAAGCGAUCUGUUGCUGUUCUACAUGAGAUCUUAAGCUUGACAAUGCAGAAACGACUGACAUCUGAUAAGCUAGAAGUCUUCCAUGAUGAGUACAGGCUGCCAUGCAAGCUACUUCUUUGCUUAGUAAAAAAUCAUGGUAUCUUCUACAUCACUAACAAGGGAGCAAGAAGUACCGUCUUCCUCAAGGAGGCCUACGAUGAUACUAACCUCAUUGAGAAGUGUCCUCUUCUGAAAUUCCAUGAUCAGUUUUCAUCUUUAAUUGGCCGAUCAUGCUCCGACUUAAAUACUCCACUGGCAGUAUAGCUCGAGUGUUAUUGAUUUACAUGAGAAGUGAAACCAUGGUGCGUCUGGCUGGUGCAUCUUCUUAGUUGAUUGCUUGAUGUUCACAUGAGCCCACUUGCACACAACAAACUAUGUAAUUCCUCUGUACAAUGGAUGUGUCUUGCGCCUUAUUAGCUGUUAAAGAUAAAACUGUAAGCACCAACAUCACAUCUUUAAAUAUGAAGCACCCCAGGAAUCAAGUUGCAGCUCAGCUGAUGAGACAUAAAUGUUUUUAUGGAGGUCACAAGUUCAGUUGGAAUGUAGGGGUUGAGGGAUUUGAGAGGCUUAAGAGCAUGAUUGGUUUGAUACCAAAAUUUGGCAUGCCAAAUGUUGGCUAGUGAUUGGUUUGUUUCUUGCCAAGCUCACAAAAACUUGCCAAACUUUGACAACUUUUGAUUUACCAAAUGUUGGCAUCAAACCAAUCAGCGUCUAACUCCAGUUCUGCAGCUUAUAAUGCCAAAAAGAAGAUACAGUAUCAGUUCCGCUUUGUACUAAGAUAUGUAAUGUUGAGUUGGCUUCUCCUAAUUGGAUGGAUCUCUACCUUUGGCUCAUAAACAAUAGUCAGGCACUCAUUUAUCUGAAACUCUAUUGUUCACCCAGUCUCAUGUGACUCUGCUUGCAGCAGGAUAUUUGUUACUGUUCUGUAACUUCUUUAGAGAGUUCUAUAACAUAAAUGUGUUACUCACACAAUCAUACCACUAGACGCUCUUGGUUGGUUGGAUGUUUUAAAUGCAUUACUAGUAUUGGUAACAGUUUUAGUACAAUAACAAGCUGCAUCUCGUCAGUACUUAUUUUGUUGUUUCUGUAUCCCUUAACAUGCAGAAAGCACCUGUAAAUGCUCCAGAUGCUGUCUCUAGCACAUUGAUUGUUCUGCUAAUUUCUGAA